AAGAAAGUUUAGUCAUCGUGCUUCACUACAAAAUCACGUAAAGAUUCAUGAUAAUGCAGUAGUUGACAGAGCUUUACAAAAAAUUUCUGAAGAAGUAGAACAGGCACAUGCACAACUAGAAGAAGAAGAAGAGUUGAAUUAUGAUGAUUAUAAUGAACAACUAGAAGAAAAGGAGGAGUUUAGUUACAAAGAACAACUUGAAGAAGAGGAGUUGAGUUAUGACGAACAACUUGAAGAAGAGGAGGAGUUUAGUUAUGAAAAAUAA